UCAGGUCAAGGCAAACAAAAAAUGACAUCACAACAAAAUGAUUCAUCUGUCUGCCACAUUUUUCAGCACAAGAGCGCGUGCGCAUUCCGUCUGUCAUACGGGGAAUUUUUCGAUCCAAGAUGGCGCCGAUUGGCGAAAAAGAUGAGAGGAUGGGCUCAACAUUAGCAGAUGACGAUGAAAAUGAGAGCCAAACUCUCUGGGCCACCAUCUUGGGAGAAGUUCAGUCAAGUUCAGCUACAAAUUUGCCAUCAACAAAAUCAGUAUUAGUGCUGGGUGACAAUGAAAGUGGAAAGACUACACUAGUGGCUCGGCUGCAGGGAGUAGAGGAGCCAAGAAAGGGGUCUGGUUUGGAGUACUACUACAUUGAUGUCAAGGACGACUACAGAGAUGACCAAACGCAUGCUGGAGUUUGGGUUUUGGAUGGGGACCCCAGUCACACUGGCCUACUGAAGUUCGCCAUCACGGAGGAAAACUUUGAAAACAUUCUAGUCCUGCUUGUGGCAUCCAUGGCCAAUCCUUGGUCUAUUAUGGAGUCUCUCAACAAAUGGGCGUCGUAUCUACGAGAGCAUAUAGACAGACUAAAAUUAAAGCCGGAGGAACGCAGAGAAUAUGAAGACAGUCUGGUCAGAUUCUUCCAAGAGUACACAGAGCCUGAUGAGAACAGCUCAGGGAGCCAGGUCCCCUCCCACAGGCGGGACGUGAACCCCCUCCACCCGACAGCAAGCACCACGGAGGAGGACAAGGUGCUGCUCCCCCUGGGAGAGGACACCCUAUCACAGAAUCUAGGAAUACCUAUAGUAGUAGUUAUAACCAAGAGUGAUGCAAUCUCAACCCUAGAAAAACAGCAUGACUUUAAAGAAGAACACUUUGAUUUCAUACAGCAACACAUUAGGAAAUUUUGUUUGCACUUUGGUGCAUCUUUAGUUUAUACUUCUGUCAAAGAAGAGAAGAACUGUGAUUUAUUAUAUAAAUAUCUAGUGCACAGAAUUUAUGGCUUCCCGUUUUCGUCACCAGCUUACGUAGUGGAGAAGGACUGUGUCUUUGUCCCAGCUGGUUGGGAUAAUGAUAAGAAAAUUAGUAUAUUGUAUGAAAAUUUAAAUACCAUGAAAGCAGACGACUGCUACGAAGAUGUCAUCACAAAACCAAUUACCAGGAAGCCUGUACAAAGGGAUGCUGAAGUGGUUGCUGAAGAUGAACAAGUUUUCCUGAUGAAACAACAGAGCAUUCUGAAUAAACAGCCUGCACCAGCUGGGGACUCUCCUGCGCGGCAGCCAGCAGGUGCUCCACCCAGAACCACACCCCCGCGAACCCAGGCCACCACUAACACGGUCACUCCAGUCAGCAGCUCUCCAAAGAAGAUGGAGGCAGGCAAGGGAACUCCCACUAGUGAGGGCAUGUUGGCAAACUUCUUCAACAGUUUACUGAACAAAAGCACUGCAAAGACACCAGGGGCUACAAAAGCAGGGGAUUUAUCAGGUGGUAGGAGGAUAAAUUUGCAUGCAGCAAUGGAGCAGGAAAGUGAUAGGAAUGUUUUGAGUGUUCGUAGACCUGUUAUGCAAAAAUCCAGAGACAAAGCUGCCGUGUCUAGAGAAGCCGCAGCAGAACUGGAGCGGUUACAGAAGAGCAAGAAAAUGACAUCAGAGGCGAAGCCCAACGGUCCCGACAGCGCAGCAUCGUGAAUAAUAAUCAAACACCACACAGAUUGACAAUAUACAAUGGCACUUGCUUCCUGUCUGUACAUAAAUCACGGGGACCAGGUGCCGGAACUGCUUCGUUUUCUGUGAUGCACCAUAUGAUAAGGAAAAGUCUUUAAAAAAUGCCCUGGAUGAAUAUUAUAUAAGAGUGUCCAUAUGAUAUUCAUAUGAUUUUUAAUGGUUAUCAUAUGAUGGGAUUUCACUGGAAAAUCCUAUUGCUGUGGCUCUGACUGCCAGAUUUGUGUUUAAACAAAAUUGUAGAAGAUGCAUCUGUUGUGAUAUUCAGACAAUAAUAAUAAUUUUCUGCACCAAGUCCCAGAGUAAAUUAUAUAAUAUGUAUAUAGAAAAAAUUUGUUUGUGUGUUAUACAAAGGGGCACCACCCGUACACACUUAGCCAGAUUGAGAAAGAAGAAAUAAUCCUCUCCACAAGUAUUUAAUUUAAGAAGUGACCAUGCGUUAUGUGUAUAUAUAUACAUAUAUUGUGAAAAAUGGGUUGUUUUGUUUAGGUAUAAAUGACUUUUGUUAGUCAUAAACCCUGUAGUAUUUAUUUAUAUUUACUAGGUUUUUGCUUGCAGCCUUUAUUUUUAUAUGAGGUUGGGUGAAUCGGUUAGAAUUUUUUUUUCUAAUGAGAGGGGGAAAAUCAUGUAGUCUUUGAUCCAAAAAAAAAAAAGACCCAAAUUAUCUGCUGAAGAUUUACUCAAAAAAUAUUUUUCAUUGGUUUAAUUAGUUACUAGAUUUAAUAGAAAUUCCUUUCCAGUGUAAAGAAGUUUUUAUCCAAGUAUUAAACGAACAUACAACAUGUAGUUGUGUAAAGGAAAUAAUAUCAUCAAAUUUUUCAGUAGUAAAAGGUUGAUGUCUUCCUAAUGUAAAUUCAGCAAAUUUUGAAAUAUUGAAUACAAUGUACUUUAUUUAUUUGCUUGAAAAAGCUGUGUUGCAAUGAAUUUACUUACUUUGUUAUCUCCCUUGACAUAAAUGCUGUAUAUCUUAAAAUGGUUACAAAAUUCCAUCCCACAAUGGGUAGAGAGGUUGGAUUUAUUAUAAAAUUAAACAUGGUCCCUUUUUAUUUACCCCCAUAUAGAUGCUUGACAAAUAAUAGUGCAUAGAAUUAAUUUUUUUUAUAUAAUUAAUUUCAGUAUUGUUAUUAUUAAUGACAUAAGUGACAGGGCUAUGAUAGAUAAAGAAGAAGAAGAGUGGGAAAGAGAAACCUCCCAUUUAUUUCGGAGAGCUGUACGCUGAUGUCUCAUAUCACAUGGGAAGCAAUAGUGCAAUAUUUAUAUACUUUUAUUUCUCAGUAACAGUUGUCAGUGUUAAAUGGUGCAGAUGUUUGCUACAAGUCAGAUACAUUGUGAAGUUCUGGGUUACAUUUUUUGUUUUUGUGUGUGCAUAAUUGCAUUAUUGUAUGCUGUAUUUGGUAUUUAUUGUGAAAUAUUGAUAAUAUUAAGAGUUGUAUACUUAAUGAUAAUGAUGAAAUAAUGAUUGAAGACUUAUUGAAUUUGAUGUAAACUUAAUCUAUGUGUAUUUCAUUUCUUUGUAAUGUACAACUACACAUGUACAUAAAACAUAGCAAAAAUUUUAAAAAGGUGACCAAAAAAAAUGAAAGGAUAAUGAUAUUAUAGAGAAACCAUGAUUAAGUGUUUGGUUAGUGCUAAGAUACCGUGUAUUUAGAUAAUUUAUGUGUAUAAAUAGUGGUAUAUUUUUAAUCUUGAAUGGUGAAACUGCAGGGAAAUUGUAUUUCUCUUUCAAAAGAAAAGACUAUUUGUAUUACGCUAUGUAACUGACCAGAAUUUUUUUUUCAAAACAACUGUACCAUUGUUUUUUGUUUUUUUUUGGGGGGGGGGAUUCUUUUUUUCACUCUUUUUAAACUGCUUUGAAGAUAAAACCAACUCAUCAUAAUCAGUGAGAUUUUAUGUUUUUGGAAUUGAGGAAAAAGUAAUAUCGAGUAUUGUUUAUGUAGCAAAUUUUUUUUCUGUCAUUGCCAGUAACUUGGAAAUUAAUGUUCAUUUUCAUUCAGAUUUUUUUUUUUUUGUGAGUCUUGCCUUAUCAAGAUUUGUAGAACACUAAAGCUAGUCAAAUGAGUUCAUAGCACAAGUUAUUGUUUGUAAAUGUUUUAAAAUGUAGAUUUGUAUUUUUUACAUUCACAGCUUAGAUCAUAUGAGUACAUUCCAUGUAAUGUCAGAUUGUACAAUGAAAUUCACUUAUUUUUCUUCUGUGGAAAAUCAAAUACUUUUCAAAAAAAAAAAUCAGAGCUCAAAUAAUUAUUAAAAUGCCUUCGUGUUAUGUUUGCACACCACAUGCUAAAUACUCUUAUUUUACCUGAACUAUUUGCACUUGGUUAGCUUAGAGUUUGAUUAUACCUCAAGUUGUGUAAAACAAAAUCCUAAAUGAUUUAUAUUUUUGUCAAAUAGCAUUGCUUCCUAAUGUCAUUCUGAGGAAUUUUGUGAUAAAGAUGUCACUGUUGUUAAGUGUAGGAUUGUAUGGACUAUGUGUUUAUCGGUCAGUAAAUGGUCAGAAACUAAUAUGACCUUGACCUGUGGCAAUGUCAAGUGGUACAGGUACACAAGUCGCAAAUGAAACCUUUCAAGCCUUUUUAUUCAAGCCAAAGCCAUAUUGUAAUGAUUAGCUACAUUUAAUGGGUCAUGGAUUUUGUUUACUUGAAAAAAAAAUUAAAUGUUGAAACAUCUUG